GAGUCGCACUUGCUUCAGUAGUGGGCACCUCCCCACUUUCCCACACAGCCAGCCAUAUAAUUUUAUAAAAAUUCAAAGCAACAAUACACCUAAACAUCAUAUUUCAGACUUUUUUCCCAUUCAAUUCCCAACCAAUAUGGCCUCCAACAACAAACCGAAGAAACUCAUGGUUUCCUCUUCCCAAUCAAAUCUUUGCACCACCCUCUUCUUCAUUGUCCUCUUCACCAUCCCCGCCCUUUUCCUCCUCCGCACCACCACCACAACUUCUCUUUGCACCACCACUUUUUCCACCCACCCUGGCCCCACCUGGUCCGGCGAUCUCCGAGAGGCUCAGUUCGCCUGGAACCGCCUUCCCUUUCUUCAAGACCGUCCUCGACCAACCGCCCUCAGAAUCGCCGUCUUCUCAAGAAAAUGGCCUAUAGGCACCGUCCCGGGUGGCAUGGAGCGCCACGCCCACACUCUCCACACAGCUCUCUCCCUCCUCGGCCAUCAAGUCCAUGUGUUCACCUCCCCAGUCCCUUCCAAGGAGCUGAUCAAACUCGACAACCAACAUGGAAGUCCGAGCCCAUCGUCACCCUAUAUCCACUUCCACGAGGGAGACCCCGGUCGCUGGCGUUACAACAAAGCAUGGGAGCAGUUUUUGGAAGAAAACCAACGUGAAAAUUUCGAUGUAGUUCACUCCGAAAGCGUGGCGCUACCUCAUUGGCUAGCGCGAAGUCUCCCAAACCUCGCCGUGUCAUGGCAUGGGAUUGCCCUCGAAAGCUUACACUCCGGCAUCUUCCAAGACUUGACGCGCAAGCCUAGUGAGCCUAUCUCCCCAUCUUUCAACCAAAGCAUUCAAGGGGUUGUCCCAAAAGUUUUAAAUGAGAUACGAUUCUUCCAUAACUAUGCCCAUCAUGUUGCUAUAAGUGAUAGUUGUGGGGAGAUGCUAAGGGAUGUCUACCAAAUACCAAACAAAAGAGUGCAUGUGAUUGUCAACGGUGUUAACGAAGCCGACUUUGGCGUAGAUAAUAACCUAGGCCAAGAGUUUAGGUAUGCAAUCGGCGUACCUAAAAACGCUAGUUUGGUAUUCGGAGUGGCCGGAAGAUUAGUGAAAGACAAAGGCCAUCCUAUAUUAUACGAAGCAUUCUCAAAGCUCAUAGCUAAGAAUCCUAAUGUGUAUUUGAUCGUGGCUGGUUCGGGACCGUGGGAAGAAAGGUACAAGGAUCUGGGGCCUCAAGUUCUUGUUCUUGGGUCUAUGAGUCCAUCCAAAUUACACGAAUUCUAUAAUGGCAUCGAUAUCUUUGUGAAUCCAACGCUUCGACCGCAAGGUCUUGAUCUUACUUUAAUGGAGGCAAUGAUGAGUGGGAAGCCGGUGAUGGCGUCAAGGUUUCCGAGCAUCAAAGGUACUAUUGUUGUGGAUGAUGAGUUCGGCUUCAUGUUCUCUCCGAACGUCGAAUCAUUGUUGGAGGCUUUGGAGUUGGCUGUGAAUGAAGGGCCAAGGAGGGCAGCUCAAAGAGGAAAAGCUUGCCGGGAAUAUGCAAAUUCCAUGUUUACGGCAAGAAAGAUGGCAUUAGCAUACGAGAGGUUGUUUCUUUGUAUAAAAAAUGAAACAUUUUGUACUUACCCGUGAUUAAUUAGACUGUAGAUUUCGUAUUACAAAUUAAUUUUCCAUAGGAACUUGGUAUCGUUUUUACACGAUAUAUGGAAAAUUUGAUCGGCUUCUUAAUUGGUUCCCAAUUUAUUAACAUACA